UUUUCCGCCCUUCUAAGUGGAACGGGGGGUUCGACCUGAAGUCGAGCGCGCUUCCGCCAUGGCGAAGAGGAAGAAGGAAAGCGAAGACGAGGAGGCCCGUCCGGUCGACCCGGAGACGGAGGAGAAGCGGCGGCUAAGAUCCCUCGCUUUCUCGAGGAAGCUCCUCCGCCGCGCCCCCUCGCUGCCCUCCGCGCCCCUCGAGCCCUCCAAGGCCGUCGUCCGCCUCCAGGGCCGCGACCUCGUCAAACGCGGCCAGAGGAAGAGCCGCUACCUCUUCUCCUUCCCUGGUCUCCUCGCCCCCCUCUCUUCCGGGCGGAUCGGCGAGCUCGCCGACCUCGGCACCAAGAACCCAGUCCUAUACCUCGAGUUCCCCCAGGGAAGAAUGAAGCUAUUUGGUACGCACGUGUACCCUAAGAACAAGUACUUGACGCUGCAACUCACGAAAUCGUUCAAGGGUGUUGCGUGCGAGGAUAUCUUCGAGAGCAUGCAGAUUGUGUUUGCUGAUGCAUGGUGGAUUGGGCAAAAGGAGGAGAAUCCACAAGAACUCCAACUUGAGUUUCCUAAGUAUCUAAGUGAGCAGGGAAAAGAUGCAAUAGACUAUGACUUCAAAGGAGGUGCUGGUGCCACAGUUGGGGAACAAUCAGCUGGAAAUAAACCUGUAAACAAGAGAGAACCACUUUCUCCUGAAACUGAAUUUGAGGAUAGCUUGCCUGAUGAUUCUGGCAAUAAAGUGGAACCAGGAACGAUUAACAUGGCAACACCUGUUCGCCAGUCGGCUAGAACUGCAGGGAAAAAGCUAAGUUAUGCAGAAUCUUCUGGAGAUGAUUCUAAUUCUAAUUGUGAUGCUGAGCAACCUGCCACCUCCGCUGGGGUCACUUCACUUGAGCUAACUCAUAAGGGUGAUGAGAAGAUUGUGGAUUCCUGUCCAGUAUCUUCUAGUGUUGUUGCUUCAACAAGUGAGCUUGUUGACAGAAAAACCUGUUCAAGGGAGAAACUGAAGCAAACUUCAUCAUCUGAAUGGUCCAAAGGGAAUCUUUCCAAUGGAAAAGGCACGCUGGUUCAGGCUACUUUAUCUACGUUGUUUGAGAAAGUAGUGGAUAAGAAACCGAAGCGCGGCGCGAAUACUUCUCCUGGAACAAAAGGUCCUGCUAGUAAGAGAAAAAGGGCAGCCUCAAGGAAAUCAUCUGAACAAGUGGAAGUGAAUGGGUCUAACAAAGAAGAGCCCAAAUCUAGCAGGAAAAAGGGUGGGAAACAGCAUGUGACAUUGCAGCCGUCUGAGGUGUCAGACGAGACAGAUGAAACUUCUAGUGAACCUCAGGAUGAUAGCGAUGAAGAUUGGGCUAUGUAAAACCAUGAGUUGGAGAACAGAUGGCUAUUUGCAGAGCCCUUCUUCUUAUCAACUAUAUCUAGCAGCGAUAUGCCUAGACGAACAGUUCAGUGAGAACAAAUGCAUUUUAUUCAUUGGCACCGGGUGAUUGUGCUGCGCUUCCAGAGCUAAUUGAUGGAUGCGUCAGUGGAGUUUGGUGGUGGCUCUGCAUGUCUGUAUUUGCACAAUGUAUGACUCCCCAGACCAUAGGCCAUUUUGUUGGCCGCUCCUCGUACUUACUGGAGUGUGUUUCUAUGAUCACAAAUAUACUAGCCCCCUCUUCCUCCUCCUCCUCCUCAUCAUCAUCAUCAUCAUCAUUAUUAUUGUUUAAAUGCUUUCUUAUCAAUUUUAAGAUCAGAAAUGGAGAUUAUCUUGUGGAGAAAAA